CAGAUAAAGUAGACGAAGUUGUGGCUGAGGUUCAGCUCGAGCUAAAGUGACGAAAGCUGAGUAGCCGGAUGGCAUGGCAUGGCGUGGCGUGGCUGCUGUACCAGAUCGGAACAGCUGUACCAGAUCGCGCUUCCUGGGUCCACCUCACCCUUGUGUCUUUGCUGCUUAUCCCUCAUUACUUUCAUGCGCCGUUGAAACUUUCUUCCUGUCAGUAUGGAGAGCCACAGAUUUUACAAUUUGCAGAGUCGAUUGAAACGCUCGGACCUUGCAUCUGCAAAAAUGAGCCAAUCGAUGAGGCCAACAUGCGUUGGAAAACAUGCGUGAAGCUAUGCAGCUAGUCAAUCCGGUCAUUAGACGCAUUCUGUUGACAUUAUUCCCGGUAUGUAGACCUUGAAUGAUGCGAAGUUUGCUGUUGGGCACAAUGUCAAAGGAAGCAGACUGUUUUUUGGGCCGUGCCAACGUCCCGACAUACUGAAGGGCUUUAUGCGGCACGUUGCAGUAAAUCUAGGCUUUCCUUGAACAUUGUGCUAACCAGGCGGAUUUAUCGACUGACAUGAAAGGGAUGAUACCGUCCAUCAAGAUUUUCGAGCCAGUUUCAGGACA